CAUGCCCAGUGGAAUUUGACAAGUAGUUCGUCUGGAGCACUCCAGUCAGUGGCUAGGAGACAUACGAAAGUCAUCUGGCUGAACAUGAAGUCCAAAAAAGAAAAUUCGUCUUCAUCAUGAUAGUGUAUGUGCGCUUUAACUCCAGCCAUGGUUUCCCGGUGGAGCUGGAGGGCGGGGCCAGCGUAGCCGAGCUGAAGGAGGAGGUGGGGCGUGUGCAGGGGGUGGAGCCUGAGCAGCUCCGGGUCAUCUUCGCCGGGAGAGAGCUGCAGAGCGACAGCACACUACAGGGCUGUGACCUGCCGGAGCAGAGUACAGUGCAUGUGGUGCUGCCCCCUGCAGGCCCAGCACGGCGUAGCGAGAUGGUGCUCCAGCAGCGGUUAGGGAGGGGAGUGGAGUGCCUGACCCGACUGGACCUCAGCGCCUCCCGGCUACACACCAGCUCCACCGGCCUCGCCGUUAUACUGGAGGACCAGCAACACAGUCCAGACAACUCGCUCACACACACAGAGCCAAAGCCUCACAGUAGCUUCUAUGUGUUCUGCAAGAGUGUGUGUAAGGCAAUCCAGCCUGGGAAACUACGUGUGCGCUGCAAAACCUGCAAACAGGGCACGCUAACACUCAGCCGGGGGCCAUCGUGCUGGGACGAUGUUUUGCUCCCUGAUCGGAUCCAUGGAGUGUGCCAGUCUCAGGAGUGUGAGGGCAGACAAGCAGAGUUCUACCUGAAGUGUGCGUCCCACCCAACCUGUGAUGAGGACACGUCUGUAGCCCUGGACCUCAUUAUGCCAAACGUCAGAGCUGUCCCCUGCAUUGCCUGCACAGACAUCAUGAGUCCAGUGCUGGUAGCCCAGUGUCCUGAUCGCCAUGUCAUCUGUCUGGAGUGUUUCCACAUGUACUGUGUCACCCGACUCAACGAGCGGCAGUUCAUUCACGACCCUGUGGUUGGGUACUCUCUGCCUUGCGCAGCAGGGUGUCCAGACUCUCUGAUUAAAGAGACGCAUCACUUCUGGGUACUGGGAGAGGAGCAGUAUGAGCGGUACCAGCGGUACGCAGCAGAGGAGUGUGUGCUGGUGAUGGGGGGUGUGUUGUGUCCAGCGCCGGGCUGUGGAGCUGGUCUGCUGCCAGAGGACGACCGCAGGAGGCUUCAGUGUGAGCUGGUCGACGGGCUGGGCUGCGGGUUUGUGUUCUGCCGUGACUGUAAGGAGGAGUACCAUGAAGGAGCGUGUCGGCAACAGUUGACCCCGGCAACAGGGAUCACACCUCAGGGUUAUGUGGUGGAUGAGGAGGCGGCUCUGCGUGCCCGCUGGGAUCAGGACUCUCAGCAGACCAUAGAGGAGACCACACGCCCCUGCCCCAGAUGCAAGGUCCCCAUAGAGAAGAACGGUGGCUGCAUGCACAUGGUGUGCCCGCGGGCCCAGUGUAAGUUUGAAUGGUGUUGGCUCUGCCGCGUGGAGUGGAACAGGGAGUGCAUGGGCAACCACUGGUUCGGAUGACACGCCAUCCACAGAGCGGCACAUCAGAAGACAACCCACCUGACCCGUCUGACCCGUCCUGACCCACCUGACCCAUCUGACCCGUCCUGGCUCUGUCCUGGCUCUGUCCUGGCUCUGACCAGGCUCUGUUCUAGUCCUGUUCUAUCCUAGUUCUAUCCCUGUUCUUGCCCAGCUCUGGCGCUGAUCCACUAGAUCGGGACAAGAUCAGGUCCAGGUCCGGUUCCAGUCACAUCUUGUCAGAAAAUAAACCCGCUUGGAGUCACGACAAAGUCCCCACAGAGUACACGGAACCAACAAACACAUGACAAUCAUACACGUGACAACUCAGAAAGACAACGGAUGCCUAAUUUAUUUCUGAAGCACAUUUAAAAAACAUGAAUCAUGGGAGCUGUAAUGAGUGUGGAUCAUGGGAACGUGCUGCUGUCUCUGGUGUGUUCUUUAAGAUGCUGUAAACUAAGAGUCGUAAAAGAGGGACACUUGACCCUUGACUCUUGGUUUGAGUUUAUGUAGACAAAGUAAAUAAAAUGAAUCUUUCAUUUGCA